AUGGCGAUCCUCAAAUCCGUCCUCACCACCACCGCCGCGGGCGCCGCCGCCUUCGGCGCCGGCUGGAAGCUCUACACGCGCGACACGCACUUCGUCCCCUUCUCGCCCACGUCUCCGGCCUGGUUGUCGUGGGCCCCGCUCCUCAAGCAGCGCAACCCGUCGGACAACCCGCCCGCCUGCGUCGACCACGCCGUGCGCCGGGUGCCGCUGAGCGACCUGAAGACCGAAGACCUCGACGUCCUGACGCGCGACUUUUGCGCGGGCGUGUGGUCCGGGCUGGGCUUCGCGUACCAGCGCCGCUUCCUCGAGAAGAAGUAUCGCACCCUCGAGGGCCGCGACGACCAUUUGUGGGACCGCGAGGAGCUGGCCAAGAGCGAUUAUAAGGUCGGGACGAAGAUUGCGGAUCAUUUUGAGGUGGUGGAGCAUACUCCGGGGAAGGUGGCCGUCCGCUGCGGUGAUUCGCCACUGAAGACUGGGCCCCGGCCAUCGGAUGGCAUAUUCUCGAUGGAGGUGAACAAGGACGACAAGUUCGCGACGUUCCACAUGAAGAGCUUCUUUUUCAACUCGACGCCCGACGGCAAAGUCAAGGGCAACCUGCCUUGGUGGUUCGAGUUCUUGCAUCGCGAGUAUGCCAAGCUCUGGAUGGAGACCAGCGUGAGGAAGCUGUUGAAGUAA